AGUAGCCAUUGGCUAUCGGCUCAAGGUUCAGGCCCAGCGACCUCACUUACCUCACAAGGUGGCGCCGCACGAGAUCCUCGAGGAUGUCUGCUGCCUCAGCACGGCACACCGCUUUGCUCCUCAGCGAUGGCACGGCAGUAGCGUUUGGCCAGAACACCUAUGGCGAGUGCGAUAUUCCGGCGCCAGCGGAAGGCCUCGCCUACGUGCAGGUGGCCGUCGGUUGGAAUCACACCGCGUUGCUCUUGAGCGAUGGCAGCGCCGUGGCGGUUGGCCGGAAUGACUUUGGCGAGUGUGACCUUCCGGCGCCGGCGGAAGGUGUCACUUACAUACAGGUGGCCGCUGGGGCAGACCACACCGCUUUGCUCCGGAGCGAUGGCAUUGCCGUGGCCUUCGGCCGGAAUAAUUUCGGCCAGUGCGACAUUCCGGCGCCGGCGGAGGGCUUGACGUAUGGGCAAGUGGCCGCUGGGGCGACGCACACCGCUCUGCUCCUGAGCGAUGGCACUGCCGUGGCGUUUGGUCAGAAUACCUUCGGCCAGUGCAAGAUCCCAGCGCCAGCGGAAGGCCUAAUCUACGAGCAGGUUGCCGCAGGGGCGGGGCACACCGUUCUGCUCUUAAGCAAUGGCACGGCUCUGGCAUUUGGCUAUAACGGUUGCAAGCAAUGCGAGAUUCCGCCGUUGGCGAAAGGGCUCACCUACGUGCAGGUGGCCGCUGGGCUGAGCAGCACCGCUCUGCUCCUGAGCGAUGGUACCGCCGUGGCGUUUGGCCGGAAUAACUUUGGCCAGUGUGACCUUGCGGCACUGACUGAAGGCGUUACGUACGUGCACGUUGCCGUAGGAUGGGAGCACACCGCUUUGCUCCGGAGCGAUGGCACCGGCGUGGCAUUUGGCCGGAAUGGUUCCGGCGAGUGCGACUUACCGUCGCCAGGGGUUGGCUUGAGCUACGAGGCCCAUCUUUUGCCCACGCUGCUGCUGCAAGCGUCUCUCGACGGCGACUCUGUGUGCUUCAAGAUGCUGAGCGGGAGGGUGAUUUACCGCAUCAGGGCGUCACCCGAAGCUCGCCUCGCCAGCAUUCGUGAACAGCUCAAGGUUGCUCGCCGCCUGGGCGGUCCCAGCGCCGGAUUGGGGCGGGUCGACGCCGUCCUGCCGGGGGGGUCGCUGCUGAGCGGCGCGUCGGCCGAGGAGACAGUGGCGAGCGCCUUCUGGACUGGCCCGCGCUGAGCGGCCCCGCUGCCUCGCCCGUCCCUUUCCCUCCUCCAUUUUCCUCCUGGAGGCGGAUCCCGUUCCCGUUGAUCCACGUGCGACCCGCUCCAGCGGCCAGCGCUCCCGCCUGAUGACGCCCGGUCGGCUGCGGGCCUGCCAGCAGGUCCCAAGGGCUCUUACAGUCAGCCCUCUCGAGGCUGGAGCCAGACGGCCAGCGCCCAGCCCGCAAAGCCGGGGGGGAGUCACACUGCCUGGAGCACAGGCUGCUGGCGGCGCGGGGCCAUAUGUGUUCUCGUGUGCAUGUGCAUGGCGGGGGGACCCCCGCGCGUGGAAUUCUCACUUGCCAGUGCGAGGCCCAAGAUCUCCACGUCUGGGGGGGCGCUGCUUCGAAUCUUUGUGGCUGGUUGUGAUCUCCACCAUCGUACUUCCAAGCUGCUGGCCUGCUGCCUGCAGUCCCCGCCUGCUUGCUACAGCGAGGGGCUCGUUUACCACAGUCCGUCUGCACAGAGUGUGUCCCGUACGCACAGGAAGUCUGGAUGCCAGACAUGUCAUAAGUUACCAGAAAUUUGGCCUCGUUCCCUCUUGGUACGAACUCUGGCUCAGGAUUAACUCUUGUAGGGGGGGCGCUUGGGCCUAGGCCAGAAGAGUGUCGAGACGGUGGCGUCGGAUUCCGCAGGUGAAUGUACC